AUGAACGACUUCACAAGCUUACAAGUUUCAGCUGGCAAACCUCACCCUUCAAAAAUGGACGAGGAAAACCCAAACCCACCAGACUCGGACCUCGACCUCAGCUUCACCAGCUGUGCCUCCAUCACCACCACUACCACAGACCGCACACUCAGCGCCCGAAGUAGCCUAACUCGCAGCAGCCUCUGUCUCAGCUUCAACGAGUCACGCCUCUCCUCCACCUCCACCUCCACCUCCACCACCAUUCCCAACCUCCACCGCCGCCCCCACCGCAAAGACGACCCACACUGGUCCGCCAUCAAAACAGCAACAAACCUAUCCUCCGACGGUACCCUCCACCUCCGCCACCUCAAGCUCGUCCGUCACCUUGGCACCGGAGAUCUCGGACGUGUCUUCCUCUGCCGCCUCCGUGACAACGACCACGCAAACUUCGCCCUCAAAGUCGUCGACCGUGAGUCUCUCACUACCAAGAAACUCUCUCACGUUCAAACCGAGGCACAGAUCCUCUCCACUCUCGACCACCCUUUUCUUCCUACACUCUACGCUCACCUUCAAGUCUCUCACUACACAUGUCUUCUCAUCGAUUAUUGUCCCAACGGUGACCUCCAUUCCUUGCUCCGCAAGCAACCCAGUAACCGAUUAACAGUUCAAUCAGUCAGAUUCUACGUGGCUGAAGUAUUGGUAGCUCUCGAGUAUUUACAUUCACUUGGGGUUGUUUACAGAGAUUUGAAACCUGAAAACAUCUUGAUCCGAGAGGAUGGUCACAUUAUGUUAUCAGAUUUCGAUUUAUGUUUCAACGCCGAUGUUGAACCAAAAUUAGAAACUUCAAGCAAAAAUCGUAAAUUAAGUCCAAUUAAAACCCGGCGAUGUGGCUGUUUCCGACACAGACAAUCGGAAAAAGUGGUGACGGAGUUUGUGGCUGAGCCUACGACGGCUUUUUCAAGAUCUUGCGUCGGAACCCACGAGUACUUGGCGCCGGAGUUACUCACCAGCGCCGGCCACGGCAACGGGGUUGACUGGUGGGCGUUUGGGGUGUUGAUAUACGAGCUUUUGUAUGGUACGACGCCGUUUAAGGGAGGGAGCAAAGAGUCCACCCUGCGCAACAUAGCGUCGAGCAGAGGGGUGAGGUUUCAUUUUGAUCAGGAGAGAGAAAAUGAAGAAGGAAUGGCUGAAGCUAAGGACUUGAUGGAGAGGUUGUUGGUGAAGGACCCGAGGAAGAGGCUAGGAUGCGCCAGGGGUGCGACGGAUAUUAAACGUCACCCCUUUUUCAAAGGAAUAAAGUGGCCGUUGAUCCGCACUUACCGGCCGCCGGAGGUACGUGGGGCGGUUGUGAGGAAGAGUAGGACGUACGCGAGUCACGUGACUGGAGUUUCAUCACCUAGGAGGAGACGGUGCUGGUGGAAGAGGCUUAGUUAUUAUAUGAUGAAAUAUAAGGGAUCUAAAUAUAAUUUAAAUUCCAAUUCCAAUUAUUACAGUUACAUCAAUAGUAAGAGUUAUCCAGAUAUUGAAUCAGAAUCUCAGAACUUGAACUGA